CAGGUCCGAAGACUACCUAAGGGAGUUCUUUCCUCGAUUUCGAUCAAGUAAAGGAAAGUUUACAAUUCAUUUUUUUAUUUCCAUCGAUCCCCAAGGUCCUUCAUCUUUUUUACUUUCACUCCUUUCAACCAACUGCCAAAACAAAAACAAAAACCCCUUUCUUUCAGACCGGACUUCGCCAAAAUAACAAAAAAUGACCAAAACAAUUGUAGUGUUAGGUGGCGCCUACGCCGGCGUGGGAGUAGCUCAUAGGCUUCUCAAAUAUACGAAACCUCACGUUAAGGAUUUGAAAGUUAUCCUUGUUUCUAAGAGCAGCCAUUUCUACUGGAACAUAGCAUCUGUACGUGCCAUUAUUCCGGGAGUCUUGAAGGAAGAGCAAUAUAGCCAGCCCAUCGAGAAGGGCUUUGCCAAAUACCCGGCAGACUCCUUCGAGUUCGUCGUCGGCACCGCGGAGGGUGUCGAUAUCGCCGGCAGGACCGUCAAGAUCUCGACGAGGGACGGCGCCGAGCGCGUGCUCAACUACGACCACCUAGUCCUAGCGACGGGCACGCGCGCCGUCGACGGCACCGUGCCCUGGAAGAGCAACGGCACGCACGAGCAGGUCACGGGGCUCGUGGCCCAGAUCCAGGACAAGGUCAAGACGGCGAAGCACAUCGUCGUUGCGGGCGCGGGCAGCACGGGCGUCGAGGUGGCCGCGGAGAUCGCCUUCGAGUACGGCAAGGAGAAAGAGGUCAUCCUGCUGUCCGGGGACGGCGAUAUUCUGGGCGGCGACAGCCUGGCGUCCAAUGUCACCAGCGAGCUGAAGAAGCUGGGCGUUCGCGUGCGCAAGUCGGCCCGCGUCGACGCCGCUCAUGCUACCCCCGAGGGCAAGACCGAAGUCGUGCUGCAGAACGGCGAGAAGAUCCUGACGGACUUGUACCUGCCUACCAUGGGCAUGCGGCCUAACACCGAGUACCUCCCCGCGGAGGUCCUGACGGAUAAGAAAUUCGUCGACAUCGACGAGUUUUACCGCGUCAAGGGUACCAAGGAAGUCUGGGCCGCGGGCGAUAUCGUGUGGAAGCCUCGUGGCAGCUUUGUACUUUCGGAGAAACAGGCUGCUGGCGUUGCCAAGAACAUCGAUCUCGCUCUCAAGGGGAAGGCACCCACCCCCGUUAAAACGCUACCGAUGGACGUGCUCAUGGUAGCCACUGGCCGUAGCCGUGGAGCCGGCCGUAUGGGUUCGGUCAAGGUUUUCUCGGUCAUGGUGUACAUGAUGAAGGGCAAGACACUAGGUAUCCAGUCUCUACCGGGUUACAUCGAUGGCAGCGCUUUCUAGACUACGGAUGGCCCGCGAUUAUUGUGUUUUAAGAGGAGCGCGUUUCCUGCCUUGAGAUGAAUUGGCCUAGAAGCGAGAAGAGUGAAGAGUACCUGGGGUCGUCGAUACUGCUUUAAGGAUAUGCGAUGUG